UGAGCUCCCGCGGUCACCGUCACUGCGCUGCUGGUUCCAGCCCCCCGCUCCGCUCGGCCUCCGCACCCCGCUGCCCUGUGCUCUGCUCCACGAGGAGGCCGGAGUCCGCCAAGGCCACUGACCCACCGCUGGAGCCAUGGUCCAUGGGUACAAAGGAGUCAAAUUCCAAAACUGGGCGAGGACCUAUGGCUGUUACCCGGAGAUGUACUACCAACCCACGUCCGUGGAGGAGAUCAGAGAGCAGGUGCUGGCCCUGGCCAGGCAGCAGAACAAGCGAGUGAAGGUGGUGGGCGGUGGCCACUCACCUUCAGACAUCGCCUGCACCGACGGCUUCAUGAUCCACAUGGGCAAGAUGAACCGCGUCCUCAAGGUGGACAUGGAGAAGAAGCAGGUGACCGUGGAGGCCGGCAUCCUCCUGGCUGACCUGCACCCACAGCUAGACAAGCAUGGCCUGGCCUUGUCCAACCUGGGAGCCGUGUCAGACGUGACUGCAGCUGGCGUCAUCGGGUCCGGAACACACAACACGGGGAUCAAGCACGGCAUCCUAGCCACCCAGGUGGUGGCGCUGACCCUCCUGACGGCGGACGGGACCAUUCUCUUGUGCUCUGAGUCCAGCAACGCAGAGGUGUUCCAGGCGGCACGGGUGCACCUGGGCAGCCUUGGAGUCGUCCUCACCAUCACCCUGCAGUGCGUGCCCCAGUUCUACUUGCAGGAGACUUCCUUUCCCUCAACCUUGACAGAGGUUCUUGACAACCUGGACAGCCACCUGAAAAAAUCCGAAUACUUCCGCUUCCUCUGGUUCCCGCACAGCGAGAACGUCAGCGUCAUCUACCAGGACCACACCAACAAGCCUCCCUCCUCUUCGGCCAACUGGUUUUGGGACUAUGCUGUUGGAUUCUAUUUACUGGAGUUCCUGCUCUGGAUCAGCACCUUCCUCCCAGGCCUCGUGGGCUGGAUCAACCGCUUUUUCUUCUGGCUCCUGUUCAAUGGGAAGAAGGAAAACUGCAACCGCAGCCACAAGAUCUUCACCUACGAGUGCCGCUUCAAGCAACACGUGCAGGACUGGGCCAUCCCCAGAGAGAAGACCAAGGAGGCCCUGCUGGAGCUGAAGGCCAUGCUGGAAGCGCACCCCAAGGUGGUGGCCCACUACCCUGUGGAGGUGCGCUUCACCCGGGGGGACGACAUCCUGCUGAGCCCCUGCUUCCAGCGCGACAGUUGCUACAUGAACAUCAUCAUGUACAGGCCCUACGGCAAGGACGUGCCGCGGCUGGACUACUGGCUGGCCUACGAGACCAUCAUGAAGAAGGUUGGGGGCAGGCCCCACUGGGCCAAGGCCCACAACUGCACCCGGAAGGACUUCGAGAAAAUGUAUCCUGCCUUUCCGAAGUUCUGUGCCAUCCGAGAAAAGCUGGACCCCUCGGGGAUGUUCCUGAAUGCGCAUCUGGAGAAGGUGUUCUACUGAAGCCCGAACAGAAAACACGUCGAGCCCACCCCAUCCCAUUCCCCAGGCCCACGUCCCAUGAGGUUGAAGGCUCAGCGUCCCUCCGGCCUGAUGGGGAACAGACCUCUUCCCCCGGGCGCUCUGCCACGGUGCCCACAGCUGCUCUAACCCAGAGUAAGGAGUCUGGAUCCGGGCAGCUCCCACUUCCCUCAUCCUCACAGGAACCCCAUGUAAGGAAGAGCACCAAAUCCCCAUUUACCUCUUCCGCCGCAUCCUUUCAGCCCAAGCCUGCAAUCACCACAUCCUGUUUCCCAGAAGACAGAGAAGCCCCCAAAUGUUCUGUGUCUAGGAGGUCGGGAUUCAGCCUUUCACAGGUUCCAUCCGCUGGUUGGGUGUCCGGAGCUCCAGGGAUCUCUCGCCCACCCUUGCAGGGAGGGGUCCCCCUGGCAUGUGUUUGGGCACAGAGGUCGUGUGUUCUGUGCUCUGCUUUCUUUCACUCUCGAGGGUCUUUCAGAUGCUCAGGUGCGUGCCCCCUGCCCUGGGACUGCCCUCUUCCAGAGGGUCCACCUGUUCAUCUGACCUCCCAUAGCCCGACCUACAGUGUGUCUAUUCCAGGGGAUGUUUGGGGAGUGGGACUCUCCUUGCCUUCUUUUUAAUAAAGGCCAAGAGUUCAUUCA